UUUCCCUCGUUCUCGUUGCAAGCUCUCACUUCGCUCUCUCUCCCGCAAGUCGCAAGUUGCAAGCUUCAACGUCCUUCAUCCUCUAAUCCAACAGCGACGCCUAACAAGCAUCACAUGAUAGCAAGCUGAUAGCUGGUUUACAUUGAAGGCAUAAGAAGAGUUUGAGGGGUAAGAAAAAGGAAACAGAUGCGGGCGCACCUUACAAAAUCGCUUUCGCACAUAAAGGCCUUGAGGCAGGCUUCGAAGUCUCCAUGGCUUUUUUUGUGUUCUUCCUACUGUGAUGCUCCUCACAAGAAGUCGAAGCUUGCCCCUCUACAGGAAAGGAGAAUGAUAGACAGGUUCAGGCUUUAUGCUAAAGGGGGUGGUGGUGGCAGUGGUUGCACCAGCACUCGCCGUAGUCGGCAUGAUCGCCGUGGAAGACCUGAUGGUGGGAAUGGUGGAAGAGGUGGUGAUGUGAUUUUGGAAUGUUCCCCAAGAGUUUGGGACUUCAGCGGUUUGCAACCUCACCUUAUUGCACAGAGAGGGGGACAUGGAUCCUCAAAGAAUAAAAUUGGCACCAGAGGAGCAGAUAAGGUUGCCCAAGUGCCCAUUGGCACUGUGAUUCAUCUUAUGAAGGGUGAAAUUCCUUCUGUAGUUGUAAGCCAUUUUUCUGAAGAUUUGGAUCCAUGGGAGAUUCCAGGUAUGCCUACUGGUGAUGCAACUGGAUCUGACCAGCACUCUGCCCUUACUAGCCUAAAUACAGAAGAGGAUACUGGCAGCUCAUCAUCUCAACCUCAAAGAACCGUUGAGGAAUCAGCUGGCAAAACCACCCAAGUUGGAUCAACUGAUAUUCAUUCUCAAUCUUCAUCUUCUUCAUCUGAGAGUUGCACAGAAGAUGAGACAGAGAAAAAAGAAGAACUUAAGUUGAAUGUUGCUGAAUUGACUGUACAAGGUCAACGAAUAACUAUUGCUCGUGGAGGGGAAGGUGGUUUGGGUAAUGUGUCCUCUGUGAAAGUAUUUGAUGAUGAGGAGUCGUCCAUUCGUGUUGGUUUGCCUGGUUCUGAAGCUGUUCUUAUAUUAGAGCUAAAGAGCAUUGCUGAUGUGAGCCUGGUGGGAAUGCCAAAUGCCGGUAAAAGCACUCUAUUAGGGGCUAUAUCGAGGGCUAAGCCUGCAGUGGGCCAUUAUGCCUUCACAACUCUUAGACCCAAUUUGGGGAAUCUGAACUUUGAGGACUUUUCACUCACAGUUGCGGAUGUUCCAGGACUCAUCAAGGGUGCACAUGAGAAUCGCGGACUUGGACAUGCAUUCCUGCGGCACAUAGAACGAACAAAAGUUAUAGCUUAUGUGGUAGACUUGGCUUCUGCAUUGGAUGGUAGAAAGGGAACCCCGCCUUGGGAACAGCUUAGGGAUUUAGUUUUAGAGCUUGAGUACCAUCUAGAGGGUUUAUCAAAUCGGCCAUCCUUGAUAGUAGCAAAUAAAAUAGAUGAAGACGGUGCUGAAGAAGUGUAUGAAGAAUUGAAAAGAAGGGUGCAAGAUGUUUCUAUAUUCCCUGUCUGUGCUGUUUUGGAGGAAGGAGUGCCAGAGCUAAAAACUGGUCUUAGGAUGCUUGUGAAUGGUGAAAUUUCAGACAGACUCCAUUUAGAUAAAAUUAUGGUUGGUUGACUAAAGGUUAGUGAUAUCUCUGCAGAAAAGAAUAUCGUUUUGCCGGCUUAGCACAAUGAUCAUUUGUUUGAGUUGUAGAGUUUCAAUUCAGAUUGUAGGUAUUUCAAAGCCAACGUGAGUUGUAGAUUUACAUUGUUUUGCAGUAUCCAUACUAAAUUUUGCACAUGAACAUCACACUCUCAGUUGAGAAUUAUACUUCUGUAAGGCAAUCAUUUCUUUUCAGUUUCAGUAUACCCAUGUAUGUAUUGUAACCCAAAAAUGAAAUUUCAAAAUAUGAACAAAUGAUUUUCUUUUAGUGGUCAGACAGACUCAUCAUGUUAGCAAAUAUGUUUGAAUCACCAGAUUGAAAUGAAGAUCAAGCUCACUAAUGUGAUUUGAUUUGCAA